CCGCCCGCCCGCCCGCCCGCCUGCCUGUCGCCGGGGCUGGGAGAGCCUGGGAGAGAGCGCGCGUGUGUGUGUGUGUUAUGUGAGUGACGCGGCGGAGGUGUAGUUUGACGCGGUGUGUUACGUGGGGGAGAGAAUAAAACUGCGGCGAGAGCCUAGGCGCGAACGAAAGCAGUGACGGAGCAGCCUGCAGCCGAACUUGCCUUGCCCAAGAAUGUGUGGUUUCGAAAUUCAGUUCUUGCGUUACAAAGCCAGGUGGACUGGAGGUGGCCAUCUUUGUGAGAGCAAGUUGAAGGAGCAGACAUCAUUCAGGAAAGUAACUAAAUGACCAUGGAAUCUGGCGCAGAGAACCAACAGAGUGGCGAUGCAGCUGUUACAGAGGCAGAAAACCAACAAAUGACAGUACAGGCCCAGCCACAAAUCGCAACGUUAGCGCAGGUAUCUAUGCCAGCAGCUCACGCAACAUCUUCUGCUCCCACCGUGACCUUAGUACAGCUGCCUAAUGGGCAAACAGUUCAAGUCCAUGGUGUUAUCCAGGCAGCUCAGCCCUCAGUUAUUCAGUCCCCACAAGUCCAAACAGUUCAGAUCUCCACUAUUGCAGAAAGUGAAGAUUCACAGGAAUCCGUGGACAGUGUCACAGACUCCCAGAAACGCAGGGAGAUUCUUUCCAGACGACCUUCUUACAGAAAAAUAUUGAACGACUUGUCCUCAGAUGCUCCAGGAGUGCCAAGGAUUGAAGAAGAAAAGUCUGAAGAGGAAGCAACAGCACCUGCCAUCACGACUGUCACGGUGCCAACUCCAAUUUACCAGACAAGCAGCGGGCAAUACAUUGCCAUCACCCAGGGAGGUGCAAUCCAGCUGGCUAAUAAUGGCACCGAUGGAGUCCAAGGCCUGCAGACGCUCACCAUGACCAAUGCCGCUGCAACGCAGCCUGGUACCACCAUUUUACAGUACGCACAGACCACGGAUGGGCAGCAGAUUCUCGUGCCCAGCAACCAAGUUGUUGUACAAGCUGCCUCAGGAGAUGUCCAGACCUACCAAAUUCGCACAGCACCUACAAGCACCAUUGCACCUGGUGUCGUGAUGGCAUCCUCCCCAGCACUUCCCACUCAGCCAGCAGAGGAAGCAGCGCGGAAGAGAGAAGUCCGCCUAAUGAAGAACAGGGAAGCAGCACGCGAGUGCCGCAGGAAGAAAAAGGAAUAUGUCAAAUGUCUAGAAAACAGAGUGGCUGUGCUUGAAAACCAAAACAAGACAUUGAUUGAAGAGCUAAAAGCACUUAAGGACCUUUAUUGCCACAAAUCGGAUUAAUUUUAGAUCCCCAUUUUUGGUUUGUUAAUGUCAGAGAAAGACUGCUUUGGUGACUGCCAGAAAGACAAAGUGGACUUUUUAUUUUCUAAACAUUUCUCUCUCUUUUUUUUUCUACGCGCAAAACUGCCUGAAAGCAACUGCAGAAUUUUAUUCGUCUGUGCUUUGCAUUAAACUGUGAAUGUUGAAACACCUGCCUCCACUUCUCCCCCACCUUCCCUCUCCCUUCCCCCGAAUUAUUUUCACCACAGUGCAUCCUGGUUAAGAAGAAAGAAAACAGACUUCCUCAUCUCCCAUCUUCUUCAAGGAAUAAUAACGUUCACUUCUGAAGCUGGGUUUUGUUUUUUGUGUUCACACGCAGAGGGGGUUAUUUCAUAAUGCUUUCAAGAAUUAAAACACAGAGCUCGUCUGAAUCCCUCAGAGAUGGUUAUCCCGAGGCUCUGCCCUGAAGUAUUAUGUGGGCUGGAUGCGUACCCAAGGUAUGCUCUGAGGAAGCUAUGGUUGCCAAAUUGUCGCAUGGUUUCAAAUGUCCAUUAUCAAACUUUACAGUUGCAGCUACGUGGUAGAAUGAUGCCAAAAGACAUGUACUUCAGGUAUGUAGGUAUGUACACAGUAGGAAUUAAAUGAGCAUAUAGAGAAGUGUUGGGGAGAAGGUGGGAUAGUCACCUGUAACCUCCAUCUGUUUUUUAGAUAGUUUUCUAUAUGAUAAAAAAUUAUUCCAUUGAUUUCCUGUUUUUUUAUAUAAAAAAAGGAGAUUUCA